AUGAAAUUUCAACGUCGUAUACUUCCUCCACAUUCAUCAAAUUAUUUUGAAAUGGAAGAGUAUACCGCACCAUCAGUGUCGCAACAAUCAAUUUCCAUUGCCGGUUCGACAAGUGACCUGAGUGAAAUCGAAAGUGUGUGUAGUCUGUCGACUAAUCUUCGCCAACGAUCUGAUUCUUUAACAAAUCUUUUCAAUAUGUCAGAAGAUAAUACAUCAUUAUCAAAUUUAAGUAUUGCUUCGUAUACUUUAUCUCAACAUUCGUAUGAUAAUAGUUCCCCGACUAUCUACACGAGUUUAUCUCCUCAACCCCCGUCUGUAAAUAAUAACUCCGACCGUGCUAUUCGAGCUCGCCGUAGUGUUGGUUCGUCGACAACUAGUAGUCAGAAGAAUUAUUCGAUUAAGACUGCUGAAACUGUUCUAACUACGAUUGGAAUUCACUCGUCAUCAUCAGAUACAUGUGGCUUGAUCGCAAACGACGGAAACAAUAUCGAAAAUAUCGAUGAUCAUCGUCCUGACGAUAACGACGAAGAAAAUAUCUGUUCGAGCUCAGAUGAAAAUGACACGGACAUGUUAUCGUCACAAACGAAUCGUGGUUUGAGAAAAACUGUUCUGAACAAUGUUGAUCGUCUGUUAAACUCCGCGAAUAAACAAAUUAAAUUGUAA